CUUCUCAUCAUUAUUCAUAUUUUCAGUCUACAAUCACUCAACGACUCCUCAAUGACUAUCACUAACACAGUCCCAACGGCUUCCGCUGAUCAGAUUUCUGAACUUCAUGAUAUUCUUGUCAACCGGAAUGGCAAAUCUCCUCUGGCUUCUCGAUUCCGAGCACUGUUUACGCUACGUAGUUUGGCCAGUGAGCCAGCUGUGACGGCGAUAUCAGAAGCCUUGAGACCUACAGAUGGAAGCCCUUUACCUUCUGCUCUACUUGGUCACGAGCUUGCUUACUGUUUGGGACAAAUCCGUCGACCAUCAGCUCUUCCAGUUUUGGGAGCUACCCUUGCUGAUUUGGCGGUUCAUCCCAUGGUUCGACACGAGGCGGCUGAGGCUAUGGGUGCCAUCUCCGACAUGUCAUCAAUUCCAAUUUUGAAAAGUUUUCUAAAUGAUCCCGAGAUAGCCGUACGAGAAACCUGUGAAUUGGCAAUCGGAAAGAUUGAACAUGACCAUCAUCAAGAUGAGUCUUCAAGUUUAGGACCAGGCGAAUAUGGUACCGUAGAUCCAGCACCUUCAAUGAUUCGAGCAAUGCACGAUGCAGUCCCAGGAUCCGAGAAUUUGAGUGAAAUGAGGUCAAUAUUGCUUGAUCGUGAACUAUCACUUUUUCAACGGUAUCGUGCGAUGUUUGGGCUUCGGGACGCUGUGGGUCGCGCUACUGUUGAUGCCCUUGCUGCUGGGUUCGCAGAUGAAAGUGCCUUGUUCAGGCAUGAAAUAGCUUAUGUGUUCGGACAACUAUCUCAUCCUGCUUCAGUGCCGGCUCUUCUAACAGUGCUAAAGAACGGCAAAGAGGAUGAAAUGGUUCGCCAUGAGGCAGCUGAAGCCCUAGGCUCGAUUGCUACGCCUGAUGUACUCGAAGCCUUGAAAACUUUUGCAUCUACUGAUGAGCCAAGUCAUGUGGUACGCGAAAGCUGUGAAGUGGCUUUGGACAUGUAUGACUACGAGAAUUCGACCGAUUUUCAAUAUGCUUUGCCAUUGAAUGAACCCGCGGUUCAAUCUGUGGUGGCUUGAACAGAAUCAAUCCGUCAUCAUGUACCUAUUUGGAAGCCCCGGCACGGGCUCUUGCUAUAUCAUUCUUGUUUUAUUUGUAGAUAUUCCUUAUCAGGUACGCAAGGUAGACCAGAUUUCGUCUAGAGGGGGUCUUUUUCAAAAUUAUCGGACUAGAACGUCAUGUUUUUCGAAAUCCGCCCGAAUCACGAUUAAUCCAUUAGUGUCGUGUGUAUUGCAUCUAUGUAUAAAGAAGACUCUAUGAAGAUUUAGUUGUGUUUACCCUCAGUGCAUAUGACGUAAUACAUCACGCAGCAUAGUUGAUCGUGUC